GGCCUAAAUAAAUAAAACUGAAAUUAUAAAAAAAAAAAAAAAAAAGUAAAAACACGAAGCUCUUGGUGGGUGGGUGGUGCAAAAUCGUGGGCUUUUCUUCUAUGCUCGGAAGAACUUUCUUUCGCUUUCUCUUUCCCUCUCUCUCUCUCUCUCUCUCUCUUCCUGUGAUCUCUGUAUGAGAAUCGCAAUCCUCGAUCUGUAAAGGAUUCGGGAGAACUGAGAAACCCUAGAUCUCGAUCAUUUCGGGUUUGUAUUUUUUUUUUAUUUUUUUAUUUUUUUUAGGUUUAGGUUUUGGGGAUUAGUGAUUUUUUUUGAGGGAGGGUCGGAACUGUUUGAUUUUUGGUUCUGAUUCUGGAUCUCGAGGUUUUUUUGGGUGACGCCGAAGCUAGAAUUGCGAGGUUAUAGAUUAAAGGAAGGUAAAAUUUGGAGGAUUUUCGGCUGUGAAUUCUGUGCUUGGGGGGAUCAAAGAAGGUUAAUCGUUGAUGGCUUCGAAUCCUCCUCCAUUCCAGGUGGAGGAUCAGACGGACGAGGAUUUCUUUGAUAAAUUGGUGGACGAUGACUUCGGGCCCACUGAAUCAGAACGAAAAUUUGGCGAAGGGAAUGAUUCCGACGACGCGAAAGCGUUUGCCAAUCUAAGUAUCGGCGAUGAUGGCUCUGCAUUUGAGGAUUCAGGAGGUGGUGAAGUUGGGUUCGAAGAGAAAAGGGAAAAGGGUUUUUCAAAUGCUGUUGUCGAUGAUGCACAAGAAACAAAUUCGUUGGGGCUAUCGUCGAACGGUGCCGUUUUAGAUAGUGUAAUUGAGCCCCAUCAUAACGAUGAGAAUGGAUCGGAAAUGAGGUCGGAUUCCAUGGUGGAUAAAAGUAAUGGAUCCGGUGUUUCUGGCGUUAAGGAGGUGGGUUGGAGUGCAUUUCAUGCUGAUUCUGAGCAGAAUGGUGGGCACGGUUUUGGAUCCUACUCGGAUUUUUUCAGUGAAUUGCCCGACGAUUCCGGAGAUUUUUCCGAGAAAGUUGCUGAUAAUUUGAUAACCCAAGAGCAUAAAGCUGAUGCUUUGAAUAAUUUGGAUAACCAUGCUCAAAACCAAGACGUUGGUCAAGCUUAUGGAGCUUCUUUGGAGCAAGGUUCAAACGGACAGGAUAUGAAUAGCAGUGAGUACUGGGAAAAUCUCUAUCCUGGUUGGAAGUACGAUCACAACACUGGGCAGUGGUAUCAAGUAGAUGGUUAUGAUCCGGCAAUGGUGAGUGCUCAAGGUAGUUUUGCGGCUGUUUCAGCUGGUGGUUGGUCGGCUGCUGCUGCCGCUGGGUCGGAUGCGAAAACGGAAAUUUCAUAUCUGCAGCAAACGGCUCACUCUGUUGCAGGAACUGUAACUGAAACGAGCACAAGCGAGAGCGUGUCUAGUUGGAACCAUCCCACCCAACAGAAUAAUGGGUACCCAGAACAUAUGUAUUUUGAUCCUCAGUACCCUGGUUGGUAUUACGACACGAUUGCACAAGAAUGGCGCUCAUUAGAUACUUAUACUUCAUCAUCCGCCCAAUCAGUGUUUCAGGACCAUAGUCAGCAAAAUCAAAAUGGGAUUCAUUCAAGUAGUAUUUAUUCUCAGAAUGAUAGUAGUUUAUACGGUGAGUACACGCAAGGGGACAAAUAUGGGGCACAAGGUCUUGGAAACCAAGGUCAAGAUGGCAGCUGGGCUGGGGCUUAUAGUGUUAAUAAUCAGCAGAGUUUGAACAUGUGGCAACCUGAAGCCACAGCUAACAAUAGUGCCGUUACAAGUUUUGGUGGAAACCAGCAAUUGGAUAAUUCUUAUGGUUCGAGGUCAGUAGAGAAGGAUCAGCAGAAGUUUAAUCCUUUUGGAGGUGUUCCUUCGUAUGGUGAAGGUAGUCAGGGUCAUGGUGAUGCUAAUGGGACUAUUGGGUUCUCUGGUGGAAAUUUUAGUCAGCCUUUUAGUCAAUCCAAUAUGAAAUUAAACGAACAAAUGCCAUUCUCAAAUGAUUACUUUGGCAGUCAGAACUCUGUCAAUUCCCAACAAUCAUUUCAGGGUGGCAAGCAGUUCUCCUAUGCUCCCACCACUGUAGAAAGAUCAUCAGCGGGACGUCCUCCACAUGCGUUAGUAACUUUUGGAUUUGGUGGAAAACUCAUAGUAAUGAAGGAUAAUAGUACUCUUAGAAACUCAUCGUAUGGAAGCCAGGAUCCCGUAGGAAGCUCAAUUUCUGUUCUAAAUUUGAUGGAAGUUGUCACAGCGAAUCCUGAUGUUUCAAGUAGUGGAGUGGGUUCUUGUGAUUAUCUCCGUGCUCUGUGCCAACAAUCGUUUCCAGGUCCAUUGGUUCAUGGAAAUGUUGGAAGUAAAGAAUUGAAUAAAUGGAUGGAUGAGAGGAUUGCAAAUUGUGUUACGCCCAACAUGGAUUAUAGGAAAGGUGAAGUAUUGAGGUUGCUUCUCUCUUUGCUUAAGAUAGCCUGUCAACACUAUGGUAAACUCCGUUCUCCUUUUGGUUCGGACACUGUAUUGAGGGAAAAUGAUGCUCCAGAGUCAGCGGUUGCUAAACUUUUUUCUUCUGCCAAGAAGAAUGGUGUACAGUUUAGUGAUUCUGGUGCUGCUACCUACUGCUUACAGCAACUGCCUUCUGAAGGACAAAUACGGGCAACUGCUUCUGUGGUGCAAAAUCUGCUAGUUUCUGGGAGAAAGAAAGAGGCUUUGCAAUGUGCACAAGAAGGUCAGUUGUGGGGACCUGCCCUUGUUCUUGCUUCACAACUUGGUGAACAGUACUAUGUUGAUACUAUCAAGCAAAUGGCACUACGGCAGCUGGUUGCAGGUUCACCUUUGCGAACUUUAUGCUUGCUAAUUGCAGGGCAACCGGCUGAAGUCUUUUCUGCAGACACCAUGGUCGAUAGCAAUUUUUCAGGUGCUGUCAAAAUGCCUCAACAGCCUGCACUGUUUGGUACCAAUGGUAUGCUUGAUGAUUGGGAGGAGAAUUUGGCUGUCAUAACGGCAAACAGAACAAAAGAUGAUGAAUUGGUCAUUAUUCAUCUUGGAGAUUGCCUGUGGAAGGAAAGAAGCGAGAUUACUGCUGCACAUAUCUGUUAUUUGGUUGCAGAAGCCAACUUCGAAUCAUACUCGGACAGUGCUAGACUCUGUCUAAUUGGUGCAGAUCACUGGAAAUUUCCACGUACCUUUGCUAGUCCUGAGGCUAUUCAGAGGACCGAGUUGUAUGAAUAUUCAAAGGUUCUUGGAAACUCUCAGUUUAUCUUGCUACCUUUUCAGCCAUAUAAGUUAAUCUAUGCACACAUGCUAGCAGAAGUAGGAAGAGUUUCAGACUCAUUAAAAUAUUGUCAAGCACUACUAAAGUCUCUGAAAACUGGUAGAGUACCUGAAGUAGAAUCAUGGAAACAAUUGGUAUUAUCACUUGAGGAGCGGAUCCGAACCCAUCAACAGGGUGGAUAUGCCACAAAUUUGGCUCCUGCUAAAUUAGUUGGCAAAUUGCUCAACUUUUUUGAUAGUACUGCACAUCGGGUUGUUGGGGGCCUGCCACCUCCUGCACCAUCAACAUCACAGGGAAGUGCGCAAGGUAGUCAACAGUUUCACCAGUCGAUGGCCCCUAGAGUAUCAACUAGUCAAUCGACAAUGGCAAUGUCGUCGUUGAUGCCUUCUGCUUCGAUGGAGCCCAUAAGCGAUUGGGCUGCUGAUGGCAGUAGAAUGACAAUGUCUAAUAGAAGUGUCUCAGAGCCAGAUUUUGGCAGAAGUCCAAGACAGGUUGAUUCGUCAAAGGAAAUGGUCUCACCUGAUGCACAAGGCAAAGCAUCAGUCUCAGGGGGACCAUCUCGCUUUUCUCGUUUUGGUUUUGGUUCUCAGUUGUUGCAAAAGACCGUGGGACUAGUCUUAAGGCCUCGCCCUGGGAAACAGGCUAAAUUGGGUGAAAAGAACAAAUUCUAUUAUGAUGAAAAACUGAAGAGAUGGGUAGAGGAAGGUGUUGAUCCCCCUGCUGAAGAAGCUGCCCUGCCACCUCCUCCAACUACAGCCUUCCAGAAUGGUACUUCUGAUUACAACUUGAAAUCUGCAAUGAAAGAAGGGUCUCCUCCAAAUGGGAGCCCAGACCUGAAGAAUUCAACUCCUUCAGAUCACACUCCAGGAAUCCCACCUAUUCCACCUGGUUCAAACCAAUUCUCUGCUCGUGGGCGGAUGGGUGUUAGGUCAAGGUAUGUUGACACUUUCAACCAAGGUGGUGGAAGCCCGGCGAACUUGUUCCAGUCUCCUUCCAUAUCAUCUGUUAAGCCUGCUGUUGCAGCCAAUGCAAAAUUUUUCAUUCCCACCCCUGCAUCGGGUGAGCAGACAAUGGAGGCUAUAGCAGAGAGUGCACAAGAAGGUGUCACAAGUAAUGUGGAUACUUCAACAUCCACUAUGACCGACCCAUUCCAUUCUUCUGCAUCUUCAUCACCAACCAUGCAAAGGUACCCAAGCAUGGGUAACAUCCCUAGCAAGGGAGUGAUGGUAAAUGGACAUGGCGCUGUUCCAUCUCGCUCACGACGGACAGCCUCAUGGAGCGGAAGCUUCAGUGAUUCAUAUAGCCCUCCAAAAAUGACUGAAGCAAAACCUUUAGGGGAGGCCUUAGGCAUGUCUCCAUCUUUGUAUAUGCCUAAUGAGCCUUCUUUAAUGCGUACACAGACAAAUGGUAGCAAUUUUGGGGAUGACCUUCAGGAAGUGGAACUUUGAAACAAAGUAAUGGAGAUGUAAAUAUCAAGUUUUGUUCCUUGUGAUCAAUACAAUACUUGGGACAUUCCUGCUUCUGCAUGUCUCAGAGAGUCCUAGUGGUGGUAUUGGGUGAAAUCGAAUUCAUGCAAGGAGAAAAAUGAAAAUUUUCCUUUCCCCUACUUCCCUGCCAUGCAUGAUAAGCCUAGAUUUUAUCUGUGCUUGUCCUUUGAGUUGCCACCGUCUGAGGCUUGAGGAGCUGGUUCUUUUACUAUAGGUGAAGAAACUCUGCGUGGGCCACUGUACAGUUCAUUUAUUCAUUUGUUGGAAAACAGAAAAAUGUCCUUUGAGGUAGACGAAAAGGAGAGCCUCUAGAGAUCUUUCUCAAGGGAAAAAAGAUAUUGUAUUGAAUUGAAAAUAAAUAUGUUUUGUUUGUUCUUUUUGUAUUGCUCUUAAUGGCAUUAUGAAAUCGAAUCAAAUACCGGGAAAGGUCACAUUUUUGCUUGUAAUUUUCAUUGAAUAUUUAUUAUAUUUUUGUGAGAAUGGGGCACUUCAAUACA